GCUAACGCGCUCUGUCCUUCUGUUUCUCUCUCUGUCUCUCUCUCUAUUUCUCUCCCCUUCCUUAUGAUUUUCUCUUUUAAGUACACACUCUUUCUUCUUUGAGAGACCAUGUGAAUACUGAAACUGUUUUUAUUUUUGGCUAAAGUUUCUUCAACGCCAAAAAAAGAAAAGAAAAAAUUUCCAUUAAUAAACUGAAACAGAAAAAGAAAAUCUGAGCAAAGAAAAAGAUAAAUGUUCAGAUUACAUAAGCAAAAGUCUGAUAAAUCUGGAGAGAGAUUCGAUUUCAAGUUCUCCAGCUUCCAAGCUCUUCAGGUUCCAAAAGGAUGGGACAAGCUUUUUUUGUCAAUCAUUUCUGUGGAUACUGGCAAAACCAUAACCAAGUCAAGCAAAGCAUCAGUCCGGAAUGGAAAUUGUCGAUGGACGGAGGCCUUUUUGGAGUCUAUUUGGAUUGUACGAGGUGAUAAUUCAAAAGUGAUAGAUGAAUGCUUAUUUAAGCUUGUCGUUGCCAUGGGAUCAUCUAGAUCUGGCUUCCUUGGAGAGGCAACAAUUAACCUUGCAAGCUACAUACGUUCAAAAAGUACUAUUCCUCUUUCAUUGCCGUUGAAGAAAUGUAACCACGGGACAGUAUUACAGGUUAAAAUUCAGUGCUUGACACCAAGAGAAAAACUCAGGGAUGAGCAAUGGAAUCAUACAGAUUCGUAUAUGGAGGAUGGGAGUCUGGAGUAUGAUGAAUUGGAAAACAAAUCAGAUGUUUCUGAUAGUACAUUUACCAGGAGUGUUGGAUCUUCAUCUAGUAACCAUUUAGAGGGUACCAUUCAUCCUGGAGAAAUUUCUAGUAGGGAACCAAGUUUUUCUGCAUCAGACUCCCGCAAUAGCUUUGACUCCUUGGAUGGUUCCUUUAACAGGGAAAAUUACUCCCCUCAAAAUGGGAUUAUGAACAGUCUAAUUGGAAGACAAGAUUCAACUGGUUCUCAAACCAGUUCUCCUCAAGGAUCUUAUUCUUUGAAUGAUUCUUCCAGGUCAAACCACUCAUCCUAUACUCCAAAGGUCUCCAUGUCUGGAUGCCAUCCUCAUAAUCACAGAGAAGACUUGAAUCGGGUUUCACGCCUUGUUCCCUCUUCUCCACUACGUAAUGCUGGUUCAUCUAAAGACUUCUUGGAAGCUGCAGAAAUUACAAUUGGGGAGCUUCGGGCAGAAGCUAGGAUGUGGGAGCAAAAUGCUCGAAAAUUAAUGACUGAUCUGGAAAAUUUGCAGAAGGAAUUAUCUGACCAGUCAAAACACCAAAAACGUCUUGAGGUGGCACUUUCAACAUCACAGGCAGAAUGUGAUAGCUUGAAGCAGGAGGUUGAACGAGUAAAGAUCUUGUUGGAGGAGUCACAGAUGAAACAGGGCGCUGCUGAAAAUUUGAAGUUUCAGAGCAAACAUACUGAAAAUGUUCAAAAGGAGUUGGAAGAUGAGAUAAAGUUUCAGAGUGAGGAGAAUGCUAAUUUAGCUUUACAGUUGAAAAAAACUCAAGAAUCAAAUAUUGAGCUUGUUUCCAUUCUUCAGGAGCUGGAAGAAACCAUAGAAAAACAGAAAGUAGAGAUUAAUAACCUUUCCAGAACAAAAUCUGAAUUUGAAGAAUUAGGAAAGGAUGACUUUGAAUUUGAAGAUAGUAGGCAACUAAAUGCUGGCAAGCAAGUUUUAACAAACCAGGCCAGAAAAUCUUCUGAUUCUGAUAGGGAAAGUGGUAUUGUUGAACACCAAAGACAAGAUUUGCAUGCAGAGAACAGGAAUCUUGAGCUCCAUUUUCUGCAGCUGCAGGAAUCACAUAGGAACUUGGAAAGCACUAUUCUGUUUCUGGAGAAAAGUCUGGAAGAAAAGAACCAUGAAAUGGAGAUUGAACAAGGUCUAAGUAGUCAAUCUCUUAUGGAUUGUGAGGCUGAAUGGAGGGGCAAAUUAGCUGAAAAAGAGGAAAAAAUCACUAAUUUGGAAGUGAAAUUGUCUGAAGCUCUUGAUGGUCAAGCUUUAAAGGAUAUGGGCUCUGAAAAAGAAGGUAAUAGUAAUCUAAUCAAAGAAAUUGAAGCUCUUAAACUGAAGGUGCAGGAACUUGAGAGAGAUUGCAAUGAGCUUACUGAUGAAAAUCUGGAUCUUCUUUUCAAGCUUAAAGAAUCUAGCAAAGAUCAUAGUGCCACCUCUAAUUCUCUUUUACCUGAUCAUCCAGGAAAGAACUCUCCUUCUAGACAUAAAUUAGAAGUAACCUCUUGCAACUAUGAAGGUGAGCUGAAUAAAAAAACUCCUACUGAAGUACAUUCUGCUGAUCACUUGCAUUUUCAAUCUGUAGUUCUUGGAAAUAGAUGUGCUGACCUUGAGCUCCAGUUGGAAGCUUUCAAGGACAAAGCUUCUUAUCUUGAUGGUGAACUGUCAGAAUGUCGUGCCAGAGCAGAAGAACAUGAGAUUGAAAUUGUGGCACUGCAACAACAAUUAGAGCAUUACCAGCAGGCAGAAAUUGAGAGUAAGGAUCAACCUGCUCAUGCCUUUGCAGAAUCCAAAAUUUCUGAAUCAACUGCUGCUGUUGAAAUGUCAAAAUUGCUUGCUGAGUUAGAUGAACCGAUUCAACUUUCUUUAGCUGACUUAAAGCGACAGUACACUCUCAAGUCACAUGCAAAUCCUCAUGGAAUUUGUGGUUCCAAUGACUCACAGAUUUUGAAAAGUACAGAUUUGGUCAGUCAAAAACAGCAAGUUGAGAUUAUCUUGAACAAUUUUGCCCAGCUAAAACAAUUCUUCAGAGAGAAAAGUGCUGUCAGUGAUGACGAAUAUUAUAAAGAGGCCAAAGACUCAGCAGUAAGUACUGAUGACAUCCUGGAUAAAUUGGAGGGUUUUGAAUUAAAGGAAUUAAAUUCUCCAUGCAAAGAAGAUAGUGGUCUAUGGAAGGAAUUGUCAACAAAAAUAUCUGAGAUAGAGAAGCUUAAAUCCGAGAAUUUGCUGAAGGAAGAUGAGCUAGAGGCUUUAAGGUAUCAGCAAAAAGAGUUAGAAGCUCAGGUUUCUUCUGUUCAGAAUGAGAAAAGCCGGUUGGAGGAAAAUAUAGAAAUCAUGCUCAGAGAAGGUGCUGUUACUGCUAAAUGCUUGGAAGGUUUACGAAGUGAAAUGGUGGUACUUAAUAGCAAUAGGGAUUCCCAGAUUUCAGCCAACAAGAUUCUUGUACAGAAAUCUUCAGAGCUUGAAAGUGGUAAGCAGGAACUAGAAGUUCAUUUGUCUGAAUUAGAAGAAGAAAAUGUACAGUUAUCAGAACGGAUAUGUGGUUUGGAAGCACAAUUAAGGUAUCUGACUGAUGAGAGAGAGUCUCAUCGUCUGGAACUACAAAAUUCAGAAUCUCAAGCAAUGAAUUUCAAAGAAGAGAUUAAAAGAUUGGAAAAUGAAAUGGAGGCACAAAAAGUUGAUAUGAGACAGAAGAUGGAAGAGAUGCAAAAGCGGUGGUUAGAAGUUCAAGAAGAGUGUGAGUAUCUGAAAAUUGCGAAUCCCAAACUACAAGCUACUACUGAAAGUCUUAUUGAAGAAUGUAGCAUGCUUCAGAAAGCAAAUGGAGAAUUACGGAAGCAAAAGAUGGAGUUACAUGAACAUUGUGCAGUCUUGGAAGCAGAACUGAAGGAAUCUGAAAAAGUUUUUUCUAAUAUGGUUAAUGAAGUUGAAGCUCUUGAAGAAAAGUAUUCCAUGAUGCUUGAAGAAAUAGCCUCGAAAGAGAAAGCCCUUAAUUUGGAACUAGAAGUACUUCUUCAAGAGAACAAGAAACAGAAAGAGAAACUUGUUCUUGAGGAGAGCCUAUUAAAUCAGAGAUACUUGGAGAAGACAGUUGAAGUUGAUAACCUCCAAAGAGAGGUUACACACCUCACUGAACAGAUAUCUGCAACCCAGGAUGUAAAGGAGAAAACAGCAUCAGAAGCUGUGCUUGAAGUUUCUCAUUUACGUGCAGAUAAAGCAAUGCUUGAAGCUGCUUUACAAGUUGCCCAAGGAAAACUUAAAUUAUCUGAGAGCAAGCUCAAUGCUAUGCAGGUGGAAUGUGAAACUGAGUUACAAGGGCUUAAGGAAGAACUAGCUGCUGCAAAGCAAAAACAAGAAAUAUUGAUGGCAGACCACGAAAAGCUAUUAGAUUUGUUGGAAGAUGUCAAAUCCAAUGAAGACAAACUGAAAGGCACCGUUAGAGGGCUUGAACUAAAACUCAAAGCUUCUGAGUACGAGAAUCAACAGUUAGUAGAAGAAAUCUCUAGCCUUAAAGUCCAAUUGCAGAAAACAACACUCCUUCAGGAUGAAAUUUUAGCUCUUAAAAAAUCAAUAAGUGAAACAAAGUUCGAAAAUGAAAGGCUGGAAGCUUCUUUCCAAAUGCUGUCCAGAGACUAUGAAGAACUUAAGGUUGAAAGAACCCUUUUUGUUCAGAAAAUCUCUAUUAGUCAGAAAGCUGUUUCUGACUUAGAGGAUUGCAGACGUAGGAAAGUUGCCCUUGAAGAAAAGGUCUUACGGCUGCAGGGUGAUUUAACUGCAAGAGAAGCCAUGGGAACUCAGGAAGCUGCACUGAAAAAUGAGCUAGCCCAAAUUAGAAGAGAAAAUAGCCAAUUCCAGAGGAAGAUAAAGUACCUUGAGGAGGAGAAAGAAGAGUGCCUGAAGAAAACACAAGGUCUUGAAGAUGAACUGAAACAGAUUAAACAGGGUCAACGCGAGUCCAAGAAUAGCAUAGAAGAGAACAAUAACCUGCUAUCAAGUGAGAAGCUGUUCACUGGAAUUGACCAAGUACAACAUCAUUUAGAGGAAAAUCAUAGACAGAUUGAUAAGAGUCAAAACUGCAAUAAUGAAACUUCUCAAGAUAAAGGAGUAGAUCUUUUGUCAAAGAUUCAGAAUCUUGAGAAUGAACUUGCAGAAGCUUUAGAGGCAAAUGACAUGUAUAAGAACCAACUUAAGAGUUUGUUGUCAAAGGAAGUAAGCUUCCGUUCAGCUAGCCCUGAGAAGUCAAUAGGUGAAGGGGCUGCAAGAAAGGAUGAGUGCGAGUGCAAGGCCUCCUCAGCGCUUGAGAUGGAGUUGAAAGAAUUACGUGAACGGUAUUUCCAAAUGAGCCUCAAAUAUGCAGAGGUAGAAGACCAGCGGGAGCAACUUGUAAUGCAGCUUAAAGCCGCUAGUGGUAAAAAGAGGUGGUUUUCAUGAAUCAUGGAUAUAACUUUUUGGUCGUAUUCUUUCUCUGGUACUGGCCUCGACGCUGACCAAUUCUCUUCCACCAUUGUGUUUUUCUUGUAUGGUGAUACAGAAUUUUUACUAAGAAAAUUAGUAGUAACGUA